AUGUUUGACAAGCCGAAUUCGCCACCGAAGAAACGUCCACUCGUGCAACAUGAAACCAAUUUUCACAUGCAUCACGUUGCAGAGCGUGGUCAUCGUCAUUCACAACAGCCGUACAAGAGCAGACAGCUGGUAAUUAUGAGUCACCGAGCUUUGGAGAAUCAUGCGUUCUGCUCGCUUAUUUCCCAUUAUAACGAGCGAGAAAAAUUAGAUAAGACGACGAGAAGAGUAAGCAAUCAGUAAUAAAAAAACAAACAAACACACAAAGCCAGCUGUAUCUGAAAGUAUAAGAGGUUUCGCAAAUGCUCGACCUCUUUAAAUGUGUAUAUAAUAUAAGCGAUUCCAAACACAGUCUAUUCUCAUACUUCUAACUUUUCUUUUUGAAUAGACAAAGCACUAAACUUUCAAUAAAAUAUCCAACUUCCUUUUAGUCAAACUUUCGAUUAUUUACCUUUUUCUGGUUC